ACCUUCUCCAGCUCUGGGUGGGAGGAAUAGCAUCUAUGGGUCUAAGAGGAAAGAUCAUAUAUGUUUCUAAGGGGAGGUUCCCAAAAGCUGGGGGCUGGGUGGGCACUACUGGCUCUAAAUGGAAGUAGGGGUACAUAGAGAGGGCUGUACCCCCAUCCUGCUGGCCACGUGUGCCCUUUCCUGCCCCUCCCCCUCCCCCACUGGCAGCCCUGCCCGCCAUCCUGGCUUGGUGCCUGGCCCCCUGGCACUGGCCCCGGGACCCGCCGCCGUUGGUUUCCUGUUUCUCCUGGUGUCGCUGGAGCGGGCUCCGGCUUCCCCUCCUCCUAGCGCCUGUGGAACCCCUUCACACAGAUGCACACACGCGCACUGUCACCUUCUGAUUCGGGUUUGCCUUCCCAGAUUGGGCCUACAAGCCGGAGUCGUCCCCUGGCUCGAGGCAGAUCCAGCUGUGGCACUUUAUCCUGGAGCUGCUGCGGAAGGAGGAGUACCAGGGCGUCAUUGCCUGGCAGGGAGACUACGGGGAAUUUGUCAUCAAGGACCCCGAUGAGGUGGCCCGCCUCUGGGGGGUCCGCAAGUGCAAGCCCCAGAUGAACUAUGACAAGCUGAGCCGGGCCCUGCGCUAUUAUUAUAACAAGCGAAUUCUGCACAAGACCAAGGGGAAACGGUUCACCUACAAGUUCAACUUCAACAAACUGGUGCUGGUUAAUUACCCUUUCAUCGACGUGGGUCUGGCCGGGGGUGCAGUGCCUCAAAGCGCCCCUCCAGUGCCAUCGGGUGGCAGCCACUUCCGCUUCCCUCCCUCAACGCCCUCCGAGGUGCUGUCCCCCACCGAGGAUCCCCGAUCUCCACCGGCCUGCUCUUCAUCCUCCUCUUCUCUCUUCUCCGCUGUGGUAGCCCGACGAUUGGGCCGGGGCUCAGUCAGUGACUGUAGUGAUGGCACGUCAGAGCUGGAGGAGCCUUUGGGAGAGGACCCUCGGGCACGACCACCUGGCCCUCCAGAGCUGGGUGCCUUCCGAGGGCCCCCCCUGGCCCGCCUCCCGCAUGACCCUGGUGUCUUCCGUGUCUACCCCCGGCCCCGGGGUGGCCCCGAACCCCUAAGCCCCUUCCCUGUGUCACCUUUGGCUGGGCCUGGCUCCCUUCUACCCCCUCAGCUCUCCCCAGCUCUGCCCAUGACCCCCACCCACCUGGCCUACACACCCUCGCCCACGUUGAGUCCUAUGUACCCUAGUGGCGGUGGGGGCCCUAGUGGCUCAGGGGGAGGCUCCCACUUCUCCUUCAGCCCUGAGGACAUGAAACGGUACCUGCAGGCCCACACCCAAAGCGUCUACAACUACCACCUCAGUCCCCGAGCCUUCCUGCACUACCCUGGGCUGGUGGUGCCCCAGCCCCAGCGCCCUGACAAGUGCCCGCUGCCUCCCAUGGCACCCGAGACCCCGCCGGUCCCCUCCUCAGCCUCGUCUUCCUCUUCCUCCUCUUCAUCCCCGUUCAAGUUUAAGCUGCAGCCGCCCCCGCUAGGACGCCGGCAGCGGGCAGCCGGCGAGAAGGCUCCAGCAGGCACUGACAAGGCUAGCGGUGGCCCAGGUGGGCUGGCUGAGGGGGCAGGUGCAUUGGCCCCGCCGCCGCCGCCACCCCAGAUCAAGGUGGAGCCCAUCUCAGAAGGCGAGUCCGAGGAGGUGGAGGUGACUGACAUCAGCGACGAGGAUGAGGAAGAUGGGGAGGUGUUCAAGACCCCCCGUGCCCCACCUGCUCCCCCCAAGCCGGAGCCCGGAGAGGCACCUGGGGCUGCCCAGUGCAUGCCCCUUAAACUUCGCUUUAAGCGGCGCUGGAGUGAAGACUGUCGCCUGGAGGGGGGCGGGGGCCUCCCCGGGGGCCCUGAGGAUGAGGGUGAGGACAAGAAGGUGCGUGGGGACGCAGGCCCUGGGGAGGCCGGGGGGGCCCUCACCCCACGACGGGUGAGCUCUGACCUCCAGCACGCCACAGCACAGCUCUCCCUGGAGCACCGUGAUUCCUGAGAGCUGUGGGCAAGGGCCCCGUGUGCCCCCUCUUCCCUGAGCUUUUGCUGCCUUAACCCCCCCCCAAAAGCCCUGGAGGUGAGGGCAGCUCCCUCAGUCUCCCCCUCCUCCCUUUCUCCUCCCCUCAUUUUGUAUAAAACUUUUAAUUUUUUUUUUUUUAAUGGUAGGGUGGGUGGGUGCCCAGGGCUAGGGGCUAAUCUCAUUAUCUCUGGGUUUCUAAGUUCUGGGCAAAGUGGUGGUGGGGGGCGGGAGGGGGGUGUUAAGGGGGGGGCACCUCCAUUCUGGGGAUUUCUAUUUGAACAGAGGCUCUGGCCUUUAACACCCAGGAACUUUUUUUUAAAAAUUACAAUCGUAGGAAGUAAAGCCUUGUCUCCCUCCCUGUUCUCUGCCUCUUACCUCGUCCUCCUCCUCCAUAGCCCCCUCCCAGCCCUGACCCUGCCUUCCUUGCCCCUCCAGGGGCUGUGAGUGCCUGGGUUUCUCAUACCCCACAAGGUUGAGCAGGGGCCAGAGGGACAAUUUUAUAAACCAAAAAUUCUGUGGGGGUGGUGGGGUGGGAGGCAGAGGAAGGUGAGGGUGCCGCCUAUGGGCCACAAAUCUCUACAAGUGCCUGUUCCCACGCCACCCCAGUACUGGUCCAGGCCCUUCACACCCACCCCCAGCUGCUCUUCGGUCUGGCCCAUGGGCAGGUGGGUCAGGGGACAGGAAGGGGGUCCCUUGAAACCAAACUGGAAGCCCCUCUCUGCCUCCCAGCUGGGGUCCCAGGGGUGGCCUGGAGGGCUGUGGUCAAGCCUUAUUCUGUAUGGGGAAUGGAGGGUGGGAUGGGACAUAAGGGGGCUGCUGGAGAAUGUAUUCAAAACAAUAAAACUUUGGACCUUUGCAUGUGGUAAUCUGUCCUAGGGACUGGGUGCAGCCAGCCACAGCUCCACCACAGGCUUGCCUUAAUUCUGGACAGGUCUAGACACACCUGCUUCCAUCUUAACAGGUCAAAUAGGCCUGGGGAGCUAUUGGCCUACUCUUGGGUGGUGCAAACCUCAGAGUUGAGGAUGAAGGUCUCUGGCUUUCUCCAGUCUUGUAUUCCUUGACUGGUUUCCUAUCAUCCAAGCUGCCUCCUGGACCCUCAGCAGGGUCGAGCCUCUGGUCCCUGGUUCUCCCUGUUACCUGAAUUGCUUUUCCCUCUGGCUCUGACUGCUAAGCCACACCCUGAUCAGGUCCCCAGAUGAGGGUCUUGUACUUUGAACUACCUCUAGCAUGAUGCUCAUCUCCCUUAAGUGUACAAGGAGGAGGGUGUAGUGGUCCGCACCUGCAAUUCCAGCACUUGAUGAGGUAAGUUGAAGGCCUGCCUGGGCCAUAUAACAGAAGGGGAGUGUCGUGUUAUCACUGCCGGGGAUCCUUCUGCAGUGAGCCCGGCAGUGUCUUGAAAUGCAGAUCUUGGGCUGGAGGGAUGAGUUGGUGUUUGAAUGCUUCUGCUCUUCCAGAAAAAUCUCAGUUCCAUUCAGAGUACCCAUGUAGGGUGGUCAUGACAACUAGUAACUCCAGCUCCAGGGCAUCUGUUGUCCCCUUCUGGCUCCUGGCACCCACGCAGAACUGGAAUACAUUCACACAUUAAUAAAAAUCUUUUAAGAAAUUUA